CUCAGGUCUCGCGUUGUUAGUCGACUGACGUGAGUUAGAACUCCAUCCACAAAGUGCAGUCUCACUACUAGCCGGUGCGCAUUGUUAGCGGAGAGAUGAGUUCCAUCGGUACCGGGUAUGAUCUAUCAGCUUCCACGUUCUCUCCAGAUGGCAGAGUGUUUCAGGUUGAAUAUGCAGCUAAAGCAGUUGAGAACAGCAGCACGGCCAUUGCUAUCCGGUGUAAGGAUGGUGUUGUGUUUGGUGUAGAGAAACUUGUCCUGUCUAAGCUCUAUGAAGAAGGUUCAAACAAAAGGAUCUUUAAUGUUGAUCGACAUGUUGGAAUGGCAGUGGCCGGACUCCUUGCAGAUGCCCGAUCCUUAGCAGAUAUAGCUAGAGAAGAAGCUUCCAACUUCAGGUCAAACUACGGUUAUGAUAUCCCAUUAAAGCACCUUGCGGACAGAGUAGCUAUGUACGUGCAUGCGUAUACGUUGUACAGCGCUGUCAGACCAUUUGGCACAAGUUUCAUGAUGGGAUCUUACAACGAAGAUGAUGGUUCUCAGCUGUAUAUGAUCGAUCCAUCUGGUAUUUCCUAUGGAUACUGGGGCUGCUCUAUUGGUAAAGCUAAACAGGCAGCCAAGACCGAAAUCGAGAAGCUUCAGAUGAAAGACAUGACCUGCCGGGAAGUGGUCAAAGAGGUGGCGAAAAUAAUCUACAUCGUACAUGAUGAAGUAAAGGACAAAUCUUUUGAGCUGGAGCUGAGCUGGGUUGGAAAAAUAACUAACGGAAAACAUGAAGUUGUUCCCAAAGAUGUCCGGGAAGAAGCAGAAAAAUAUGCAAAGGAAUCUUUAGAAGAAGAAGAUGAUUCGGAUGAUGACAACAUGUAACAUUUCAUAGCUUCAGCUGUACGAGAAUUUUUUUUUUUUUGUAUAUAAAUUUACAGCACUGGACAGAUUGUGUCAAACUGUUUCUGGAAAGGUUUUGUUAUUUGCUCAUCUUUUUAUCACACAAGUAAAAAACAAGCUAAUGUGC